AUGCAGGGCGGGAGGACAGCAGGACACCUCUUCCUCUCUGAGGAGCAGCCAGGGAGCGCAGAGAGCAUGUUCCUGUGGCAAUAUUUGACACCUGUGCUGCUGAUAACUGUUCAAAUAAAAGCGCAGGAAUGUGACGAGUUUACUGACUUAGACUUCAAACAUGCCUUCCUUGGAACACGAGUCAAAGUAAAGCUGCUGCUCUACACCAGAGAGAAUGUGUCAUGUGGGCUGAAGAUGUCCCACACAGACCUGUCCGCCACACCUAGUUUCAAUGCAUCCCGUCCGACGACCUUCAUCAUCCAUGGAUACCGUCCCACUGGCUCUCCUCCAGGCUGGCUCAACGAUCUCACUAAGCUGCUACUAGAGAGAAAAGACAUGAACCUCGUAGUAGUGGACUGGAACAAAGGGGCGACCAAUAUCAAUUAUGUCAAAGCUAAAGAAAACACGUUCCAGGCUGGAGAAAAUCUCACGGGGGUGUUCAAAAUGGUGCAGAGUAAUGGUGUUUCUCUGGACUCCAUUCACAUCAUCGGCAUCAGUCUUGGAGCUCAUGUCGCAGGUUUUGUUGGAGAGAACUUCAAUGGUUCAAUCGGCAGAAUAACGGCCCUGGACCCAGCAGGACCUCUGUUCACGGGAACCUCUCCAGAACAUAGACUUGAUCCGAGUGACGCCCAGUUUGUAGAUGCUCUGCACACCGACAUAGAUGCUCUGGGCUUCAGACAGCCUUUGGGCCAUAUAGACUUUUAUGCCAAUGGGGGCACAGACCAGCCAGGCUGCCCGGUAACCAUCUUUGGUGGACAAGCCUAUUUCAAAUGUGACCACCAGAGGUCAGUGUAUCUCUAUAUGGAGUCUUUAAAGCGGGACUGUAUUAUUCGAGCAUAUCCCUGCAGUUCCUAUAGAGACUUUCUGGAUGGAAAGUGCUUAAACUGUGGACAGUUUGGGCCGGCUGGCUGCCCCAUAUUUGGUUAUGAUGUUAUUCAAAUGAAAGAUACUUUGCUAAACAUGAGCCAAACUAAAGCCUACUUCAAAACAAACCCAGAAUCACCAUUUUGCAUGACAACCUACACAGUUGAUGUAGUGACAUGGAACAAAGAAGUACGUUUUGGAUAUAUCACCAUUAAACUUCACAGCGGAAACAAAGAAGCAGUGGCCACAGCUGAUCAUCAAGCCUCAAAGUUCAAGAAGUUCACAGAGACUCGGAUGUUUGUCCAUUUCGAUUCAGACAUUGAGACUCCGGUGGACAAAAUUUCUCUCACUUUCACCACUGGAAAUGUGUUCAGGCCUCUUUAUAAGCUGCGAGUCCUGAGGCUGCGGCUGACACCCGUAGAGACCAAGCGAAGGCCUCUGUGUCGGUAUGACUUUAUUCUGGAGGAAAACGUAAAGAAAACAGUGAGGCCUUUUCCAUGUGAGGACACCAAUUUUUAA